UGCCUGGCUGAGAGGGCCCCAGCGCAACCCAAUCCAACAAUCCUUCUCCCUCCGUCCCCGCCCUCUUUCCCUUCCGCCGCCGCCUCCGUUUUCGCGUCCCCAAUCCCCGCCACCGCCGCCGUUGGCCUCUCGAGAUUUGGUUAGGCAAUUCAGGGAUUCAAGAAGUACGAAAACAUGAGCUACUUCCAAGCUACAACACACAAGCCUCAUAGUGCGCUCACUGCAUACAGACCAGUAGCAGGUCUUGGGAGGACCUGCGAGUUACUUCGUGAACAUCCCCUAUGCUCACAUUCUUCUAGAUCUUUCAAGCAGCAUGAGCAAGUGUAUCCGAAGCUUGUUCUUAUUGCUGCUUGCCAUAAAAGGCUUGGCCCUUUAUAUGCCUCGAGCGGGAUGGAGAACCCUGAACUUGUCAAUGACCCCUUCUCAAUGGAAUCUUUGAACAAAGCUAUGGCUGGAGCAAAAAGACAAAGGUCCAUACAAGACUUGCUGACAGAGCAAAUUGCUAAGAUUCGAGGACAAGGAUCUGGUGGAAAUGGAGGAAAUAAAAACCGUUAUGGAGGUAGCGGUGGUGGUUCAGAUGGCCCAGAGGACGAAUCUUUCAAGGAAUCGUUAUAUGAAAUGAUCCAGAUUAUUUUAGCAACUCUCGCCUUCAUACUUGUGUAUAUCCAUAUAAUAAGAGGGGAGGAGUUGUAUCGCCUUGCCAGGGACUACACCAGAUAUCUCGUCACUGGUAAGAGAACAGCUCGACUGAAACGUGCCAUGCUAAAUUGGCGUGACUUUUCUGAGAGCAUCACCAAGAAGGAUGGCCCAGAAGACGACUUGUACAGGAGACCAAUUGCUUCUGAAUCUACGUGGUGGCAGCAACCCCAAAAGUUUGUUCAUAAUUUGGAGGAACUUUGCAGAGGCUAUUUGCGCCCGCAUGCUCAGGAAUCUUAGUUCUGGCGUCAGACCGUUUUGUUGGCCUCUGUAGUUUCUCGUUUGUUGAUGUAUAUGUGAGUGCUAGUUGCAUGGAUGGCUCAGUGAGAUACAUGGACGCAGUCUGCUGCCGUUGGUCUAUGGUCUAUGUUAGCGGCAGAACAGAAAGGAGGGGAGAGACUUCUUUGUUCGAUUUUGUAGUAGCUCUUGAGACCUGCCUGCCCUUGUCGUCUGCCGGUCAAUGAGAUGCAGGUGGCAACUUUAAUGCUGCAUCUGAUGGAUCGUAACUGCACAGGUAAGCAGUGAUGCAAUGUACCAGAAGAAACUGUGAUCGAUGUAAGCAUUGUGAAUUUGUGAUGCUAUGUUAUCUGACUCCCUUUGUCAGUUUACUGA